AAUUGGGUGUUGAUUGGGUGUCACCUGACUGAUGGCCGAUCCCCUCUCUCUCCCCAGCCGGCCGCGUUCCUGCAGUCCUGCUCGGCGGACAGGGGCGGCGUGUCCAUCGAGCUCGAGCACGGCACCACCACGCUGGCCUUCAAGUUCCGGGGGGGCGUGGUGGUGGCCGUGGACUCGCGGGCCUCGGCGGGGAGGUACAUCGCUUCCAAGGACACCAACAAGGUGAUAGAGAUCAACCCCUACCUGCUGGGCACCAUGUCAGGGAGCGCAGCGGACUGCCAGUACUGGGAGAGACUGCUGGCCAAGGAGUGCCGGUCAGUUACUGUCCAGUCAGUGUGUGUGUAUGAACCCCUCUCUCUC